AGACGCUGUCAGUGUGUGAUUCCGAUGGCAAUCACAGUUGUUACCUAAACCGCUAUUGAAGCAGCUAUCUGAUCCUCUGGAAGAAAUUGACUGAAACUUGUUCAGGAAAGUCUUCCUCUCAUUUCCACCGAUGAGGAGUGUCAACUGACAGAAGCCAUGUAAGGAUGAAGGACCUGAUGUAAGAAAAAAUGGACCAAAAGAGCGUCGGUGAUAAAACAGACGAGGUCUCUGGAGGAUCCGUCCCGUCUAUUCAGGCUGUGGCUCCUCAUUUCCAUCCCAGCUUCAUUGCUCAGAGUGGAAGCAAUGUGAUCGCUCCCUCCAUUAUUGGCUCUAACAUUGGAAACAUAAACAUCAAUAUUACCUCAACGGACCAAGGGUCUAUUGUUUCAUCAAAGGAAGUACUGAACCAUGACACUGAAGACAGCUGUGGGGCUCUGCAGCUCGAGAACAAGGUUGCAGAAUGUCAACAGAAACUGAAAGCUUCUCUGAAGAGGAAGUUCAGCCACAUGCUUGAAGAGAUGACAACAGAGGCAAACAAAAUACCCCUCAAUAAAAUCUACACAGAGCUCUACGUCACUGUGGGAGGAAGUGCUGAAGUCAAUAAGGAACAUGAAGUGAGACAGAUUGAGACAGCAUCCAGGAUACAUGUGGCCCAGGAGAAAUCAAUCCACUGCAAUCAACUCUUUGUUCCUCUACCAGGACGAGACCACCACAUAAGAACUGUGAUCACAAUGGGAGUCGCUGGCAUCGGAAAAACAGUAUCUGUCGGUAAAUUCACUCUAGACUGGGCUGAGGAGAAAGCAAACACCAACCUGGAAUUUGUAUUCCCUCUCUCUUUCCGAGAGCUGAAUGUAAUGGCAAAGAAAACCUUCAGUCUAGUGGAGCUUCUCGGUGUCUUUUUCCCUGAAACAAAAAACACAGGAAUCUUAACUAAUGGUAAAAACAAAAUGCUCUUCAUCCUGGAUGGUCUGGAUGAGAGCCGUCUUUCUAUGGACUUCCACAAAAGUGAAAUAAUGUCCGAUGUGACAUAUCCAACCACAGUUGCUGUGCUCCUGACAAACCUCAUCAGGGGAAGACUGCUUCCUUUGAGUCUUGUUUGGAUAACAUCUCGCCCAGUAGCUUCCAGUCAGAUCCCUGCGGAGUACAUUGAUCGAGUGACUGAGGUUCGAGGGUUCAACAACCCGCAAAAAGACGAGUACUUCAGGAAGAAAAUUGGUGACGAGAGCUUAGCAGACAGGGUUAUCAUGCAUGUGAAAUCCUGCAGGAGUCUUCACAUCAUGUGCCACAUACCAGUCUUCUGCUGGAUGGCAGCGAGUGUUCUUGAGAAGAAGCUGGCAACAAUAGACAGUAAAGACACGCCAAAGACUCUCACUGAAAUGUACAUAUACUUCUUGUCUUUGUAUGUGGAGAACAUGGAGAAGAGGUUGCCUGGAAGAAGAGAAUCAAACGCUGAUUGCUUGAGAACUAACCUCAUCUCAUUAGGUAAACUCGCCUUCAAAGAGCUUGAGAAGGGCCACUUGAUCUUCUAUGAGAGGGACCUCAUCCUAAAUGGUAUAAACGUCACAGAGGCAUCUAUGUUUUCAGGAGUCUACACACAGAUCUUCAGUGAGGAGCUGACACUGUGCAAGGAGAAGAUGUUCUGCUUUGUGCACCUGAGUGUUCAGGAAUUCUUUGCUGCACUUUAUGUCUUCCUCACGUUCAACAAUGACAACAUCAAUGUCUUGGUAAAGAAGUCAUCUGCUUCGAGACGUUUCCUAUUCAGAGACUCUUCAGAGCUCAUCCUCUACAAAGAAGCUGUGGAAAAGGCUUUGCGGUGUGAAAAUGGUCAUUUUGACCUUUUUCUUCGUUUCCUUUUAGGCCUGUCUCUGGAGUCCAAUAAGAUGCUGUUGAAACACCUAAUGACCAGCAACAAAACAAACAGAAGGACAAGAACAGAUAUUAUUUCACACAUCAAGGAGAGGAUCAGGUCAAGUCAAUUCCCAGACAGAUGCCUCAAUCUCUUUCACUGCCUGAAUGAGCUGAACGACCACUCCCUUGUGGAGGAGAUUCAGAGUUGCCUCAACUCGGGAAGUCUUAACAAAGCAUCACUUUCACCUGCACAGUGGGCCACUCUGGUGUUUGUAUUAUUGACUUCAGAGGAAGAACUGAGUGUGUUUGAACUGAGCAACUACACUAGGUCCCAGGAAGGACUUAUGAGGCUGCUGCCUGUUGUGAAAACAGCCCAUGUGGCAAAGCUAAAUGCUUGUAAUCUCACUGUGACCUGCUGUCAAAACCUUGCAAAUUGCAUCAGCACAUCCCAAAUUAGAGAGCUGGACCUGAGUAACAAUAACCUGACAGACUCAGGAAUAAUACUGCUCUCUGGUGGACUGAAGAACAGCAAAGUGGAGACACUGAGACUGAGGAGCUGCAACCUAACAGAAAACAGCUCUGAUGGCCUGGCCUCUUUAAUCAGCUCAACAUCCUGCCAGCUGAAAGCACUGGACCUCACUGACAAUGACUUUCAUGAUGUAGGAGUCACAAGGCUUUCUGAUGUACUCGGGAAUCCUCACUGUAAACUGGAAAUACUGACUUUGUCCCUGUGCAGAGUGACAGAGGAAGGCUGCGCUUUCCUGGCGUCUGCUUUGAACUCAUCCCAUCUGAGAGAGCUCGACCUGAGCUAUAACCACCCAGGAAACUUCGGCCUGCAGCUGCUGUCUGCUCUGCUAGAUGACCCACAAUGCAGCCUGCAGAAACUCAGUGUGGAACAGUGUGGUGAAUCCAGGAUUCAGCCAGGUCCAAAGAAAUAUAUCAGCAAACUUACCUUGGACCCAAACACAGCACACAAAGACAUUUCUCUGUCCGAGGGAAAAAGGAAAGCAGAGCGUUGGAAUGACCAGCCUUAUCCCGAUCACCCAGAAAGGUUUGAUUUCUGGAGACAGGUGUUGUGUAAGGAGGGACUGACCGGACGCUGCUACUGGGAGACAGAAUGGUGCGGAAGAGCUUUCAUAGGAGUAGCCUACAGAUGGAUGUGCAGGAAGGGAGAGGGUCACGACAGCUGGUUAGGCCGAAAUGACUCUUCCUGGGGCCUGAGCUGCACCAAAGAUGGCUACAGGACCUUGCAGAGAGGCAUGAACACUGCCUUAACCACCCCACCCAGCUCCAAUACAGUAGGAGUCUUUCUGGACUGGUCAGCGGGGACCCUGUCCUUCUACCGGGUCUCCUGUGGCACACUGACCCUCCUCUACACCUUCCAGACUACUUUCACAGAGCCACUCUACCCAGCGUUUCACCUUGGCUGGGUGGGCUCCACAAUCUCCCUGUGCUAAAUAAUUACCAGGACAUCGUCAACAGCUUCAUAUUCCUCCUGUCCACUGUCCACACUGACAACAUGUAACAUAAUGUAGUAUUUUCUUUCCUCCUGCUUUUGAGCUGUAAACUUCAUUAAAGGGUCGGUUCACCCAAAUAACAAAAGAACAUGUUUUUCCCCUAGGUCUUAAGAUAUUGUUCUCUGAGACUUCUACUAUACUGGGUUUUUGAGGCCAAUACCAAUAUUUGAGUUAUAAAUAUCUGAUCAUUUUUGGGCUUAAAUUAAUUUCCUUUUACAUCAAAUUUUAAUAUACACAAAUAUUUGUGAUAAGGAUCCCUGAAAUUUGUUUUAAUACCAGCGGUGUGGUACUUGUGAAGGUAGUGUUGGUUGGGCAGUCCACCACUCGGGUCCAGACUGAAAUAUCUUAACUGUUUGAUGAAUUGCCAAGAAAUGGUGAAUAGACAUUAAUGUUUCCCAGAGGAUGAAUCCUACUGACCCCGGUGAUCCCCUGCCCUUUCCUCAAGCGCCACUGUGAGGAUGACAAUUGCGGCUUUGAGUGAAAUGUCUUGACUGGAUGGAUUGCCAUGAAAUUUAGUACAGACAUUUACGUCCCCCUGUUGAUGAACUGUAAUAACUUUGGUGAUCCCCGACCUAUUCAUCUAACGCCUUCAUUUGGUCAAAACUUUGAUUUGUCCAUUAUUUGGUGGUGGUUUAUGACCAAAUUCAACAACACCAUCUCUUUCCAGAAAGUGUCGGCGUCACUCUGGGAAACCCACAGAAAACAGUCAGCAGUUUUCAUACAGACAAUUUCUUCAUUAGAAGGUAGUUUCAAUAAAAACAGUAACAACAGCAAGGAAUGUACAGAGAAUUGUAAUUUUUCAAUGCUGUUAGCACCACAAACAAAAUUCCAUUCACCUCUGUUGUAAUUUUGUGGAGGCAGUAGUUGAAAACAGAUACUAUG